UUCAGAUGUCUUUUUGUACGUCAGAAUACAGUAUGUGGUUAGCUACCUUCAGGUAUAAUACAUAAUCAAUGGUUUCCGCUAAAAAGAAAGGGAUUCAAAGGUUCAUGGAUUUUCUCCGUCCAAGACACAGAAUUGAAGUUUGGAAAUUUGGCAACGCCAGCGUAGCAAAAAUCACCGUUGCGCAAUCGCAGUGACAGCUACCGGUAGGCCAACGUCCGCUUCAGACCUCCGAGUUUGAACAGUCGUUUUUAUUCGGUGUCGCUGAUAGUUCAGUAUUGUAUAGUAUUUUUACCUCCAGGAUUAUUCCAACAUGGCGUCUGGCGUAACCGUGUCUGACGAUUGCAAGCGGACGUACGAAGAAAUAAAGAAAGAUAAAAAGCAUCGAUACGUCAUUUUCUACAUCAAGGAUGAGCGACAGAUCGACGUUGAAGUCGUAGGGGCGAGAGACGAGGAAUAUGACAAGUUCCUGACUGACUUGCAGGCCGGUGGAGCAGGAGAGUGCCGCUACGGACUUUACGACUUCGAGUACAUGCACCAAUGCCAAGGCACCUCAGAAUCUUCCAAGAAACAGAAACUGUUCUUAAUGUCAUGGUGUCCCGACACCGCCAAAGUUAAGAAGAAGAUGUUGUACUCUAGGUAAGCAUAAUUAUAUUCCCCUCAAUCAUGGUGCUCUUUAUGAUUCGUUUAUUAAAUAGUUGAAUAACGUUUGUUUCCCGUAAGAAAGCUAAGCUGUGGAAGCUAAACCAAAGAGCUUUAGAGAGUAGUUCAAGGAGGGGUGGGGUGUUGCAGGAUAUUUGAGGUUAGGAAAAAUUUUAAUUUCAAAGUGACGAUUCUCUUUUGAUACUAAACUAAAUUGCGUACGCUUCCGCGUAUGUCUCUAAAGUCCAGUCAACUAGGGGGUACUUUAAAGGUUUCACAAAAAUAAUGUCUGUUUUCAUAAAGUUACAUUUUCACUGAUGCUCUUCAACUGGGGAAAUAUAUUUAAAUAGCUAUUGAAGGGCUAACCCCAAUGCAUUGUUUUUUAAAGUUUGUAUCAUAAUGGCUCAGUGAUAAAGUUAUGACCUGAUUAAGAUAAAACAAUGUUCUCUUGUUUGCAAUCAAUAAAUGGACUGUUUUUUUAAGAAAAAAACUUGUUCCAGUACAUUGAUUUGGUCCCAGCACUUUGGAAAUUCAGUAAUUCUGUCAAUAAUGUUUUAGAUUUCAGACUUUCUGAGAAAUGACUGCAUUGUACGUUAAUAGAAACUGCAUUGAUUCAAGAUUGGUUAUUUCAAACAUGGCUCAUUUUAUUGGACUCCAACAAGAAUACGUUUUCCUAAACUAAAGCAUUAGUCUUUUAAAAAUACACUCUUUGAUGGUGUAAAAACUAUCAGCAGUAUUGUGUAGAACAUUUUUUCGUGAAAACUUGUGACAUUAUUUCCUUGGGUUCUACAGGAUGUCCUUAAGGUCAAGACUUCUCUUUUCCGAAACAACUAAGUUUGAAAUAACAAGGCUAAUAUGCGAAAAAAACAUCAGCAAUAAAAAGAAAUUUCAGGUACUGCCCUAUCACAUGCUCGUAAAUAUUAAUGUUUGAAGUUGUUGGCAUUCGGUUCAAAGCACAACUUCUUCCUAAAUUUGCAAGAUUCCGGACUGUCUGAGACUUCUACUGUGUUAAUUUCGACGGCGUUUGUACAAUAUAAGACCUACCCAUGUCGAGAAAGAAACGUCUAGGAAAAUUUCUGUUUUUCAAAUCCGAUUUGUAAAUAACAUUACUAAACUUACACUCGGCGCAGCGAUUUC